GUGAGCAAGUCAUAUGACGUACCUGGAAACAAAAUGGUGGAAGCGAGAUGUCUUCUGCUGCUGAUCAUAUGCACACAUUGGAUUGUAGCAUUUUCAGCGACUGAUCCCGUACCGCCCUACGUUGAAAGCUAUUUUGACCAAACAAUCGAUCACUUUAAUUUUAAGUCGAAUGGAGAAUCAACUUAUCGCCAGAGGUAUCUGACGCAAGAUAAAUGGUGGAAGAAAGGUGUUGGUCCAAUAUUUUUUUACACGGGCAAUGAAGGGGACAUCACAGACUUCUGGUCAGCAACUGGAUUUGUGCACGAGUUUGCACCAGUGGCAGGAGCUCUUGUAGUAUUUGCAGAACAUAGGUAUUAUGGAAAGUCUUUGCCAUUUGGAGACAAGAGUUUCACAGACCCAUUCAUUGGGCUUCUUACUGUGGAGCAAGCACUGGCUGACUAUGCUGUACUCAUUACAUCUUUAAAAUCGUCUUUGAACGCUUCCAGUGUUCCUGUCAUUUGUUUUGGUGGCAGUUAUGGUGGCAUGCUGAGUGCAUACAUGAGGUUCAAAUAUCCCAACAUUGUGACGGGCAGCAUAGCAGCCAGUGCACCCAUCUACAUGUUGGACCCAUCCACCGACAAGUCAUUUUUCUUCAACCAUGUCACCUACGACUUUUUAGAAGUGAGUGAUAACUGUGUGGCAUCAAUUAAAGCAGGUUUUGAGGCCAUGGAUAAAUUGGCACAAGCAGGGCCACAAGGGCUUGCAACACUCACUUCAGACUUUCAGUUGUGUUCUCCCCUUGCUGAUUCAGGACCAUCAUACAGGCAUCUGCUCUUAUGGCUGCGCAAUGCUUUCACUAACUUGGCUAUGUUUGACUAUCCCUACCCUGUAGACUUCCUUGGCUUCAAAGUCCCUGCAUUCCCAGUGAAGGCAGCCUGUGAUGCAAUUUUCAAUUCAUCAGACCCAGUCAAAGGCCUUGCUGCAGCCGCAGGUAUUUUUUAUGAUGUGCACGCCCAUACACCUCCAUGCUUUAACAUCACAGCAGACUUUGUGGAGUGUGCUGAUCCCACCGGCUGUGGUACAGGCCCUAAUGCCUUGGCCUGGGAUUAUCAGGCGUGCACAGAAGUCAGGCUACCUGAUGGCAGCAAUGGACAGACCGACAUGUUUCCACCAUUACCUUUCACACCAGAGAUGCGAGCAGACUAUUGCAGGCAGCGCUGGGGAGUGGUGCCAAGGGACCAGUGGGCAGCUGUUAGCUUCUGGGGAACCAAGAUAAAUGCAAGCUCAAACAUUGUAUUUUCUAAUGGAGAUCUAGAUCCAUGGUACGGUGGUGGGGUGCCACGCAGUCUGUCAGAUUCUCUUAUUGCUGUACUAGUCAAAGGAGGAGCACAUCACUUGGAUCUGAGGGGAAAUAAUCCACUAGACCCUGCAGGAGUAAUUGCAGCUAGAGAGCUGGAGAGGGAGUAUAUCUACCUGUGGAUAAAUGGUGCUAUGAACCUCUGACAGGCUUGCAUCAUCACACAUCUGUCAUUCCAAAGUCUGAGACUGGUAUUUCAAACAGCAUCUGAUGUCACAUUGCACUUUGUAUGUCUUAUGGUUAAAUAGCUACCACAUGAGUGUUUGAUUAAACUUCUAUGUUUAUAA